AUGUUUAAGAACAUUCAUCUCUAUGUCAACCGCCCGCUACUAUCGAAAUUGACCGCGAUCUCGCCACUGUCACAUUUCAACCCCAAAAUCUCUCCAAGUCAUGGACUGCGGGCACCAUGCAAAAGCAGGAGAUAUGCCACCGGAGCAGAAUUCCCAUUUCAGAACUACUCAUGGCCUAGCACUGCGUCUUUCACCCCGUAUGACGUCUUGAAUCUACCCCGCGACGCGACGUACACGAAAAGACAUUACUAUGACCUCGUUAAGAUCUACCACCCCGACCGACCUCUCACAGACCAUCCUCUUUUCAGUCAAUUGACCGCUGAAACCCGACUACAUCGGUACCGGAUUGUGGUUGACGCACAUGAUAUCCUUUCCGAUCCGAUCAAACGAGCAGCGUAUGAUCGGAAUGGCACUGGCUGGAGCCACACGGUAUUGGAUACAACCAUAAUUCGCGACUCACAUGGACCAAACAUCUACUCAAAUGCCACAUGGGAAGAUUGGGAAGACUGGCAUAACCGCCAUCAAGGGCCGCAGCAACAUGUUGUCGACCAGCGCACCUUCUCUCGGCUUAUUAUCCUCUUGGUGCUGUUUGCGGGCGCCCUUCAAGCAUCCUGGAUCGGGCAGAUGAAUAAUGGCAUGAAUGAUCGAUUACGUGAGGUCACUGAGCAGUCGGCGCGGGUCCUACAGAGCCGCAGAGAUGAGGCCAUCAAACAGAUGAAUUCAAAUGAGGCGCGGGUGCAGGGUUUCCUCAUUCGGAGAGACCCCACCGGGUCGGGUGUGAAGGACCACGAGCAACCGGUUUAUCAGAGCGAGUUGAAUCCUCGUCGCGGUCUGGACGGGUCCUUCCAGGCUGGCCAAAAUAGCCGAGAGUCUGCACAGCCGGUGGAUAAGUCUGAACCUUCGGAUCUCUCCUAA